UAAUGAAUGGAUUGCUAAACUAGAAAAAGACAUGGAAACUCAUCGAGCUGAUUACGGUUUUAUUGUAGCAACCUGUGAAAAUGACAAACCAAUUAGGCCACUUGACUCCCGAAAAAAGAUUUAUAUUAGCGGCGAUAAUAUUAAUAUCUUUAUAGUAGCCAAGAUUAUGAGGGAACUGUUGAUUACUAAGUGCAAUUUUGAAACGAUACUUAAAUCAGAUGAAAAAGAGCAAAAAUUAAAAAAUCUAAAAGAAUGA